AUGAAGUCACUUGCUGAAGCUCUUUCUUUCUCUUCUGUUAUGUGUUAUCUCCUAACCUCCUCGUUCUUCUUCUUCUUCCCACACCCUUCCUAUUCUGCUUUAGAAUCCUUCAUAUACGCUGGCUGUACUCAGUUUAAAUACAACGAUGGGUCGCCCUUCGAAACAAAUCUCAAUUCAGUCUUAACCUCUAUAGCUAACUCAGCCUCCCUCUCCAACUUCAACAACUUCAAGAUUUCCCUCCCGGGCUCCACCGACAGCGACAUCGUCUAUGGCCUAUUCCAGUGCCGUGGAGACCUCACAAGCUCGGACUGCCACAAUUGUAUAACGCAUGCAGUGAGUCAGCUUGGAAAAAUCUGCAUCGACACUUCCGGUGGAGCUUUGCAGUUGGAAGGGUGUUAUGUGAAGUAUGAUAACGUAUCAUUUUUGGGUGCAGUAGACAAAACCGUGGUGUUGAAGAAAUGUGGGUCGUCAUCUGGGUAUGAUUCGGACUUCUUGACUCGGAGAGAUGCUGUUCAGGCGUAUCUUACCGGAGCCGGGCAGUAUUUUCGGGUCGGUGGGUCAGGGAAAGUCCAGGGUAUGGCACAGUGCAUACAGGAUUUGAGUAUGAGCCAGUGCCAGGAUUGUUUAUCAGAGGCAAUCCAACAGCUGAAAAACGAGUGUGGAUCUUCAUCUUGGGGUGAUAUGUUCUUGGCCAAGUGCUACGCGAGGUAUUCGGUGCGUGGGGUCUCUUCCGAUGGUGGAAAGCAGUUCCGCCGCCGUGGCUGGUGGUUCAUGAUUUGUGGUUUUAUAUUUUCUUUUAUUUAUGUCAUGUUAUGUUAA